UACCUGCCCCAUUUCCUUCUCCCCCGUGUCCGGCCUAUUUUCUUUCCCCAAAGCGCCUCCUUCCCUCCUCUCCGAUCCCGCCACGAAGCAAGGGCUCGCCAUGGAGGCCAGCGCCAGCGGGGCGGAGUCUGCGAACGCCGGGAUCGAGGGGUCCGCCGAUCCCUGCAGCUCCGCGGGCGGCGGCUACCGACUCUCUGUGCACCAGAUCGUUGGCGGCGGCAAAGCUGCCGAUAUCAUCUUAUGGAAGUGUAGACGUGCUACUGUUGGUGUUAUAUUCGGUGCUACUAUUGCAUGGUGGUUGUUCGAGAAGUCUGAACUAUCGUUCUUGACUAUCUGCUGUGAUGUACUGCUCAUUUUGAUAAUUGUACAGCUCAUAUGGGUUAAAAUAUCUGGGUUGCUAAAUAAGCAACCUAGGCAACUGCCUGAGUUAGUUCUGUCAGAGGAGAUGGUUAAUAAUGCCGCGGCUUCAUUCCGUGUUAAAGUGAACAACAUGCUGAUGAUUGCACAUGACAUUACUCUUGGCAAAGACUUCCGGCUCUUUUUCCAGGUUGUGUCGGUCCUUUGGUUACUAUCUGUUAUCGGCAAUUUCUUCUCUUCUGUAACUCUUGCUUAUAUAGGAGCCAUUGCUUUGGUCACAGUACCUGUACUUUACCAUAGACACCAGGAGCACGUGGACAGGUAUGCUGGGAUGGUCCACCGGAAUAUCUCAAGGCAUUACAAGAUUGUUGACGAAAAUGUGAUAAGCAGACUACCUAGAAGCUUCAUCAGAGAUAAAGAUGAUUGAUCUGCCUCGAAAUUUGAUGCUUGUCAUGUUUUCCCUCAUUACAUAGUUUGGGUUUGUUCAUUGUUGUAUUUCUGCAUCAUUUUGAAACGGAAUAUUUCUGCGUCACAGGUUGCAUGAAGUAGGAAUCUGCGUAGAUCAGUGGAAACCGAAGCUUGAUUUAGGUACCAUAUCAGUGUACUGUUGAUCGAUCUAGUAUACUGUUGAUCAAUAAGAUCGAUACCAAAAAGGUCAUGCAGAAGAUUGCGGCACCUAAACCAA